AUGGUCUCUUCUUUUCCGUUUAAAGCUGGUACGACCGUAGGGGACAGCUUCGAAUGGGAUGCUGGACUCGAAAACGGUCAUAUCUAUAAUAUAGAUGAUGUCGAUGGAACCAAUAUUGCGUUUGAAG